AUGCUGACGCCGAUUCUGUUGGCAGCCCUGCUCAGUGUCGCUACGGCACAAACAGCUGUUAACCAGUUCCCGGAAGGUUUCCUUUUGGGGACCGCCACGGCGUCCUACCAGAUCGAGGGAGCGUGGAAUGAGGAUGGCAAGGGCGAGAACAUCUGGGACCACAUGCUGCACGAACACCCGGAGUACGGCACGAACGGCGACAACGGCGACGUGGCCUGCGACUCGUACCACAAGUACCAGGAGGACGUGCAGAUGCUGAGCGCGCUAAACGCGGACGUGUACCGGUUCUCCAUCUCGUGGGCGCGCAUCCUGCCCACCGGGGACCUUGACGUCAUCAACCAGCCGGGAAUCGACUACUACAACAACCUCAUCAACGAGCUGCUCGCGAACGGAAUUCAGCCCGUGGUGACGAUGUACCACUGGGACCUGCCACAGGCGCUGCAGUACAUCGGCGGAUGGCCGAAUCCACUGCUCGCCGACUACUUCGUGGAGUAUGCCAGAGUGCUGUUCGAAAACUUUGGAGACAGAGUGAAGUGGUGGAUCACCUUCAACGAGCCGUCCGUCUUCGUGAUGGGCUACGCGUCCUCUGGCGGCCAGGCGCCGUCGCAGAACGCCUCCGGCAUCGGCGACUACCUGGCCACGCACACCCUGCUCAGGGCACACGGACUCGUCUACCGCCUCUACGACGAACAGUACAGGGCCACGCAGAACGGUAGCGUAGGAAUCACGUUGAACAUUGGAGGAAGCGAACCAGCUUCAAACUCAACGGAAGAUUUGGAAGCUGCUGAGAGGAAUCUUCAGUUCAGUGGAGGACUCUACGCACACCCCAUCUACAGCCAGGACGGGGAUUACCCGGCAGUAGUGCGCCAGAGGGUGGACGCCAACAGUGCUGCAGAGGGGCGGCCCCGUUCACGGCUGCCAACUUUUACAGAGGAAGAGAUUGCGUACCUCAGAGGGGCGGCUGACUUUUUCGGGCUGAAUCACUAUUCGACGAGCAUCGUGACUUCAGGCGAGGCCGGCAUAUCUCCGUCCAAGUCCAGAGACUCUGGCGUCGUCAGCGUCAGUAGUGGGCAAUAUCCUUGGGGAUUCCGAAACUUGCUGAACUGGAUCGCCAACGAAUACCCGGGCUACCCUAUAAUGGUGACAGAAAAUGGCCUCGGAAACUCUGGUGGUCUGAACGACACCGACAGGAUCGAUUACUUAACAUCUUAUCUGACUGCGCUUCUGCAAGCUGUCAACACGGAUGGAGUUCCGGUGAUCGGCUACACCGCCUGGAGCCUCAUGGACAAUCUGGAAUGGAACAGUGGAUUCGAUGUCAAAUUUGGUCUGUACGAGGUGGACUUCGACAGCCCGAACAGGACCAGGACUCCGAAGGCCUCCGCCGGCGUCAUAUCGCAGAUCUACGAGAGCAGAGAGGUGCCUCAGGAGUACUUCUGUACAGCUAACGAAGUUCCCACAACUCCUCAAACACCUGCAAAAUGCAGUACAACGCAUGAGUACUACCCCACGGGCGCCAAAGCUGACAACGGAAUUGCUACCGCGUACCGGUUCUCCAUCUCGUGGCCACGCGUGCUACCCAAGGGCGACCUCAGCGUCAUCAACCAGGCAGGCAUUGAUUACUACAACAACCUCAUCAACGAGCUGCUGGCCAACGGAAUUCAACCUGUGGUGACGAUGUACCACUGGGACCUACCCCAAGCGCUGCAGUACCUCGGUGGGUGGGUUAACGAGAUCAUGGUCGACUACUUCGCGGACUACGCCAAGCUGCUCUUCGACAAUUACGGAGACAGGGUGAAGUGGUGGAUCACGUUCAACGAGCCCGCCAUCAUCGUCUGGGGCUACGCCAUAGCCGGCGUGCCGCCCGGCGUUCCGGCGACGGGCGUCGGCGACUACCUGGCGACGCACACGGUGAUCAAGGCCCACGCGCGCGUCUGGCACCUGUACGACGAGCAGUACAGAGCGACACAGAACGGCUCUGUGGGAAUGACACUGAGCAGCUCACAAUACGAACCGUAUACAAACUCUACUGAAGACAUAGAAGCAACUGAGAGACAAAGACAGUUUAAGGUUGGGAUUUUCGCCCACCCUAUCUACAGUCAGGAGGGUGACUACCCUGCAGUAGUGCGGGAAAGGGUGGACAACAACAGCAAAGCAGAAGGACUAGCGCGCUCAAGGCUGCCAAAAUUCACGCAGGAGGAAACAGAAUACAUUAGAGGAUCUGCUGAUUUCUUCGGUCUCAACACAUAUGGUUCACAGUACAUAGCGGCUGGAGACUUCCCCAUUGCACCGUCUCGCAGACACGAUUCCGGCGUCAUCACAAAGGAUGAUGAGAUUCCACUCGAUCAGUCAGCCGCAGGGUUCAGAAAGAUACUGAACUGGGUGGUUGCCGAAUACCCUGGAUACCCCAUUUUCGUGUCGGAAAAUGGCCUAGGCAACGACGGUAGCGUCGGUCUGAACGACACGGACAGAGUAGAGUAUUUUGCGGCUUUCCUUCCUGCCCUUUUGCAAGCUGUGAACCUAGACAACGUUCCCGUGGUCGGCUACACCUGCUGGAGUCUCAUGGAUACUCUGGAGUGGCAACUGGGAUACUCGUGA